UCUCACAUAUCUGCCCUCUGCAAUGACCUUCAGCUACACAAUAAAAAGAGGCUACAGUGUAUCUCACUUGCAGCCUCUCGGUCCUGUAGCCAAGGAGUGAGGAAGAUAGCAGGCCUUCCUGUUUCUGUUGCCUUUCUGGUCUCCAUUCACCAUCCAUUAUGUCGUCCCUCCUGGAUAUGUCAGAGUUUGGGGAGGCCGCUGACUAUUUGCGGAAGAGUGACAGUGAGCUCAUGAGGUUACAAACCAUACCAUUUGAUGGAAAGAAAAAGGGUUGGAUUCCAGAUGAAAAGGAGGCCUACAUUGAGGUUGAAAUAAAGGAUUCCUCUGGUGGCAAAGUCACUGUGGAAACAAAAGACAAAAGGACUCUCACUGUGAAGGAAGAUGAUGUUCAGCAGAUGAACCCCCCAAAAUUUGACAUGAUUGAAGACAUGGCAAUGUUAACCCACCUGAAUGAGGCAUCAGUCCUUUCCAACCUGAGACGACGCUAUGCCAAUUGGAUGAUCUACACCUACUCGGGGCUAUUCUGCGUGACCGUGAACCCAUACAAAUGGCUUUCUGUGUAUACUUCCACUGUUGUAGCUGCUUACAGAGGCAAAAGGCGCUCGGAGGCUCCACCACAUAUCUACUCCAUCGCUGAUAACGCAUACAACGACAUGGUGCGCAAUCGUGAAAAUCAAUCAAUGCUUAUCACUGGAGAAUCCGGUGCAGGCAAAACUGUUAACACAAAACGUGUAAUUCAGUACUUUGCCAUUGUGGCAGCUCUUGGGGAAGGGUUCGGGAAGAAGAGCUAUUCCCCUGCCACUAAAACCGGGGGCACCCUUGAAGACCAAAUCAUUGAAGCUAAUCCAGCAAUGGAAUCUUUUGGCAACGCCAAGACACUGAGAAAUGAUAAUUCCUCCCGCUUUGGGAAGUUUAUUCGAAUACAUUUUGGACCAACUGGAAAAUUGGCUUCUGCUGACAUUGAUAUAUACCUCCUGGAAAAGUCAAGAGUGAUUUUCCAGCAGCCAGGGGAGAGAAGUUACCAUAUUUAUUAUCAGAUUCUGUCUGGGAAGAAGCCCGAGUUGCAAGACAUGCUCCUGCUCUCCACCAACCCCUACGAUUACCACUUCUGUUCACAAGGCGUAACAACUGUGGACAACCUGGAUGACGGAGAAGAGCUUAUGGCGACUGAUCAUGCCAUGGACAUCUUAGGUUUUAGCCAGGAAGAGAAAACCGCCAGCUAUAAAAUAGUUGGAGCCGUUAUGCAUUUUGGGAAUAUGAAGUUCAAGCAGAAACAGAGGGAGGAGCAAGCAGAGGCAGAUGGCACUGAAAGUGCGGACAAGGCAGCCUACCUGAUGGGCAUCAGCUCAGCUGACCUCAUUAAAGGCUUGCUCCAUCCUAGAGUGAAAGUUGGGAAUGAAUACGUGACCAAAGGUCAGAAUGUGGAGCAGGUGGUGUUUGCAGUUGGUGCACUGGCUAAAGCAACCUAUGAUAGGAUGUUCAAGUGGCUCGUCAGUCGAAUUAAUAAGACGCUGGACACCAAGCUGGCCAGGCAAUUCUUCAUAGGAGUUCUAGAUAUUGCUGGCUUUGAAAUCUUUGAGUACAACAGCUUUGAGCAACUCUGCAUCAACUUCACCAACGAAAAACUGCAACAGUUUUUCAACCACCACAUGUUCGUCCUGGAGCAGGAAGAGUAUAAGAAGGAGGGGAUCGAAUGGGUGUUUAUCGACUUCGGCCUUGAUUUACAGGCUUGCAUCGAUCUCAUAGAGAAGCCCCUGGGCAUCCUUUCCAUCCUGGAAGAAGAAUGUAUGUUUCCCAAGGCCUCAGAUAUGACCUUCAAAGCAAAGCUGUAUGACAACCACUUAGGGAAAUCUCCCAACUUCCAGAAGCCAAAAGUAGAUAAGAAACGCAGAUAUGAACCUCAUUUUGAGCUUGUACAUUAUGCUGGAGUGGUACCUUACAACAUUAUGGGAUGGCUGGACAAAAACAAGGAUCCUCUGAAUGAAACAGUUGUAGGCGUGUUCCAGAAAUCCUCUAACAAACUGCUGGCCAGUCUGUAUGAAAAAUAUGUCAGCUCCUACUCAGAUGGACAGCAAAAGACUGGAGUGAAAGAAAAACGCAAGAAAGCAGCUUCAUUUCAAACAGUGUCUCAGCUUCACAAGGAGAAUCUGAAUAAACUGAUGACUAAUCUUCGCUCAACACAGCCUCACUUUGUGAGAUGCAUCAUUCCUAAUGAGAGCAAAACUCCAGGUGUUAUGGAUCCUUUCAUGGUCCUUCAUCAAUUGAGAUGCAAUGGUGUUCUGGAGGGAAUUCGAAUUUGCCGUAAGGGGUAUCCCAACAGACUUCUGUAUGCUGAUUUUAAGCAAAGGUAUCGGAUCCUCAAUCCUAAUGCUAUUCCAGAUGACAAAUUUGUUGACAGCAGAAAAGCCACUGAAAAAUUAUUGGGUUCAUUGGACAUUGAUCAUACACAAUACAAAUUUGGACACACUAAGGUCUUUUUCAAAGCUGGGCUGCUUGGUCAGCUGGAAGAGAUGCGAGAUGAACGUCUGGCCAAGAUUAUCACAAUGAUCCAAGCUAGAAGCCGGGGAAGAAUUAUGAGGAUUGAGUAUGGGAAGAUCAUUGCAAGAAGAGAUGCAUUGCUGGUUAUCCAGUGGAACAUACGAGCCUUUAAUGCUGUCAAAAACUGGUCAUGGAUGAAACUAUUUUUCAAGAUUAAGCCCCUGCUGAAAUCCGCACAGACCGAAAAAGAGAUGGCCAACAUGAAGGAAGAAUUCUUGAAGUUGAAAGAAGCUCUGGAGAAAUCUGAAGCCAAAAGGAAAGAGUUGGAGGAGAAACAGGUGACGCUGUUCCAAGAGAAGAAUGACCUUGGUCUGCAGCUCCAAGCAGAGCAAGACAAUCUUGCAGAUGCAGAAGAGCGCUGCGAUCUGCUAAUCAAAACCAAAAUCCAAUUAGAGGCCAAAGUGAAAGAGCUAAAUGAGAGAGUAGAAGAUGAAGAGGAGAUGAAUUCUGAUCUGACUUCAAAGAAGCGGAAGCUGGAAGAUGAAUGUGCUGAACUUAAAAAGGACAUUGAUGACCUAGAAAUUACACUGGCUAAAGUAGAGAAGGAGAAACAUGCAACUGAAAACAAGGUAAAGAACCUUGUUGAAGAGAUGGCUGCUCUAGAUGAGAUCAUUGCUCGACUGACCAAAGAAAAGAAGGCUCUGCAGGAAGCUCAUCAGCAAGCCCUGGAUGACUUACAGGGAGAAGAAGACAAAGUCAACACACUCACCAAGGCAAAAGCUAAGCUGGAGCAACAAGUGGAUGAUCUGGAAGGGUCUCUGGAACAAGAGAAAAAAUUGCGCAUGGAUUUAGAGCGAGCAAAGCGAAAGCUAGAGGGAGAUCUGAAACUGACCCAGGAAUCGGUGAUGGAUCUGGAGAAUGACAAGCAGCAACUGGAAGAAAAACUAAAGAAAAAAGAUUUUGAGAUAAGCCAACUAAAUUCAAGGAUUGAAGAUGAGCAAAUAAUGUCUGCUCAGUUACAGAAGAAAAUCAAAGAACUACAGGCACGUAUUGAAGAACUUGAAGAAGAGCUGGAAGCCGAGAGAGCUACCAGAGCAAAGGUGGAAAAGCAGCGCUCUGAGGUCGCAAAAGAGCUGGAGGAAUUGAGUGAGCGGCUAGAAGAGGCUGGUGGGGCCACUUCUUUGCAGAUUGAGAUGAACAAGAAGCGAGAAGCUGAAUUUUUGAAGCUGCGCAGGGAUCUGGAAGAAGCCACUCUACACCACGAAGCUACUGCUGCUGGCUUGCGGAAAAAACACGCGGACACAGUGGCUGAGCUUGGAGAACAGAUUGACAGUCUGCAGAGAGUCAAGCAGAAACUGGAAAAGGAGAAGAGUGAGAUGAAGAUGGAACUGGAUGACUUGUCUUCCAACAUUGAGCAACUCGCCAAAAAUAAGGGGAAUGCAGAGAAGUUGUGUCGCACGUAUGAGGAUCAGCUAAGUGAGGCAAAGUGCAAGGUGGAUGAAUUGCAGCGACAGCUUGCAGAUAUCUCUCUACACAGAGCCAGACUGCAGACAGAAGGCGGAGAACUCACCCGACUCCUGGAGGAAAAGGAGUCUCUUGUCAACCAGCUAAGUAGAGGCAAGGCUUCCUUCACCCAAACCAUUGAAGAGCUGAAGAGACAGUUGGAAGAGGAGACAAAGUCAAAAAAUGCAUUAGCGCACGCAUUGCAAGCUUCCCGUCAUGACUGUGACCUCAUGCGAGAGCAAUAUGAAGAGGAACAGGAGGCCAAAGCGGAGUUACAGAGGUCUCUAUCAAAAGCAAAUGCAGAGGUUGCCCAGUGGCGGAACAAGUAUGAAACAGAUGCCAUUCAGAGGACAGAAGAGCUGGAAGAUGCCAAGAAGAAGUUGGCAGCGCGGCUACAGGAUGCGGAGGAGGCAGUAGAAGCUGCUAAUGCCAAGUGCUCUUCCUUGGAGAAAACCAAGCAUCGCCUUCAGACGGAGAUUGAAGACCUGGUUAUUGACUUAGAGCGAGCAAAUUCUGCUGCUGCAGCAUUAGACAAAAAGCAAAGAAACUUUGACAGGAUCCUGUCAGAGUGGAAGCAGAAGUAUGAGGAGACCCAGGCUGAGCUGGAGGCCUCACAGAAGGAGUCCCGCAGCCUGAGCACCGAGCUCUUCAAGCUAAAGAAUGCAUAUGAAGAGUCUCUGGACAAUUUAGAGACAAUGAAGCGUGAGAAUAAAAAUCUACAAGAGGAGAUUGCUGAUCUCACAGACCAGAUAAGUGCCAGCGGCAAAAUGAUUCAUGAACUUGAAAAGGUAAAGAAGGCCCUGGAAAGUGAGAAGAGCGACAUCCAGGCAGCUCUAGAGGAGGCCGAGGGAGCUCUAGAACAUGAAGAAAGCAAGACCUUGCGGAUACAACUAGAGCUGUCCCAGAUUAAGGCCGAUGUGGACAGGAAAAUAGCUGAAAAAGAUGAAGAGAUUGAAAAUCUCAGACGUAAUCACCAGCGUGCCAUGGAAUCCAUGCAGGCGAGUCUAGAUGCAGAGGCUAAAGCCAGAAAUGAGGCUAUUAGACUGAAAAAGAAGAUGGAAGGAGAUCUGAAUGAAAUGGAGAUCCAGCUCAAUCAUGCCAAUCGGCAGGCUGCAGAGUCCCAGAAAAUGGUCCGACAUCUGCAGUCUCAGAUCAAGGAUUUGCAGAUUGAGUUGGAUGAUACUCUCCGACACAAUGAUGACCUGAAAGAACAAGCAGCAGCUCUGGAGAGACGUAAUAACCUGCUGCUGGCUGAGGUGGAGGAACUGCGGGCAGCACUGGAGCAAGCAGAGAGGGGCAGGAAGUUGGCAGAGCAGGAACUACUGGAGGCUACAGAGAGGGUCAACCUACUGCACUCACAGAACACUGGCCUGAUUAAUCAGAAGAAGAAGUUGGAUGCAGACAUCUCACAGUUAUCAACUGAGGUGGAGGAAGCUGUUCAGGAAUGUCGCAAUGCUGAGGAGAAAGCCAAGAAAGCCAUCACUGAUGCAGCAAUGAUGGCAGAGGAACUGAAGAAAGAACAAGACACUAGCGCACAUCUUGAGAGAAUGAAGAAAAACAUGGAACAAACCAUCAAAGAUCUACAAAUGCGUCUUGAUGAAGCUGAACAAAUUGCGCUGAAAGGAGGGAAGAAACAGAUACAAAAACUUGAAGCAAAGGUGAGAGAGCUGGAAGGAGAGCUGGAGAAUGAGCAGAAGAAGAACGCUGAAACCCAAAAAGGAAUUCGCAAAUACGAGAGGAGGAUAAAGGAACUCACCUACCAGACUGAAGAAGACCGGAAGAAUCUGGCACGAAUGCAGGAUCUAAUAGAUAAACUGCAAAUGAAAGUCAAGAGCUACAAGCGCCAGUCUGAAGAGGCUGAGACCCAGGCCAACUCCAACCUAGUGAAGUACAGAAAAGUCCAACAUGAGUUAGAUGAUGCAGAAGAACGUGCAGAUGUGGCAGAGGCACAAGUCAACAAGUUGCGUGUCCGAACCAGAGAAGCUGCUACCUCCAAGCAUGAAUAAUGAGAAGACCAGACACUACAAUCCCUUCCCAGACAGCUGCAACAGCUGUACCAGACCCUCCCGUCUCUGCCCGCAUCCUCCCUCCUAACCCUUGUUAACUAAUAAAAUCUACUGAGGCACAA